AUGGAGGAACGCGGGUCUCCCGACGGGGACCUCGCGCGGAGCCUGGAGCAGGGGCCGGAGGGGCCAGAAACGCCCAUCCAGGUGGUGCUCAGGGUGCGUCCCAUGAGCGCCGCCGAGUUGCGUCGAGGGGAACAGAGCGCGCUGCACUGCUCGGGAACCCGGACUCUGCAAGUGAGCCCCCCGGGCGGCGGCCCGGACGUGGCGUUCCGCUUCGGCGCCGUGCUGGACGCGGCGCGCACGCAGGAGGACGUGUUCCGGGCGUGCGGCGUGCGGCGCCUGGGCGAGCUGGCGCUGCGCGGCUUCUCCUGCACUGUCUUCACCUUCGGCCAGACCGGCUCCGGGAAGACCUACACCCUGACCGGGCCUCCUCCGCAGGGCGAGGGUGUGUCCGUACCCCCCAACCUAGCUGGCAUCAUGCAGAGGACCUUCGCCUGGCUGUUAGACCGGGUGCAGCACCUGGGCGCGCCUGUUACACUCCGUGCCUCCUAUUUGGAGAUCUACAAUGAGCAGGUUCGAGACCUUCUGAGCGUGGGAUCUCCCCGGCCCCUCCCUGUUCGCUGGAGCAAGACCCGGGGCUUCUAUGUGGAGCAGCUGCGGGUGGUGGAGUUUGAGAGUCUGGGGGCCCUGAUGGAACUUCUGCAAAUGGGUCUUAGCCGCCGACGGAGCUCAGCUCACACCCUGAACCAGGCCUCCAGCCGAAGCCAUGCCCUGCUUACGCUCUACAUCAGCCGCCAAACUUCCCCAUCGAGCCCUGAUUCCCCUGCCCCACAGAUGCCUCCAGGGGCCCCUGGGGAGCCCCCCGUGGGGGGGAAGCUGUGCUUUGUAGACCUGGCUGGCAGUGAGAAGGUGGCGGCCACAGGAUCCCGUGGGGAGCUGAUGCUUGAGGCGAACAGCAUCAACCGCAGCCUGCUGGCCCUAGGUCACUGCAUCUCCCUGUUGCUGGACCCACAGAGGAAGCAGAGCCACAUCCCCUUCCGGGACAGCAAGCUCACCAAGCUGCUGGCAGACUCGCUGGGGGGACGUGGGGUCACCCUCAUGGUGGCCUGCGUGUCCCCUUCAGCCCAGUGCCUUCCUGAGACUCUCAGCACCCUGCGAUAUGCAAGCCGAGCCCAGCGCGUCACCACUCGGCCACAGGCCCCCAAGUCGCCUAAGCAACCCCAGCGUUUGGAGAUUGAGAUACUGCAGCUCCAGGAGGAGAACCGUUGCCUGCGGUCCCAACUGGGGCAAAUAGACCCCAAGGCCUCAAGGCUCAGUGGGGCGCGGGUGGCCUGGGCCCAGCGGAACCUCUAUGGAAUGCUACAGGAGUUCAUGCUGGAGAAUGAGAGGCUCAGGAAAGAAAACAGCCAGCUGCAGAGUAGCCGGGACCGGGCCCGGGAUGAGCAGCGCAUCCUGGCCCAACAGGUGCAGGAGCUGGAGCGGUGCCUCCUCUGUGCCUGCUCUGAUCACCAGCCCUACCCUGGCCCAGCCCCGUGUCUCUGUGUAAUGGUGCCGGCUCCCCCAUGCCACGCCCUGCCACCCCUCUGCUCCUGCCACCGCCUCUGCCCCCUGUGCCGAGCACCACUGGCCCACUGGGCCUGCGCACAGGGGGAGCACCACCUGCCCCAGGUGUUUGGCCCUAAGGCCCCAGGUGGCAUGCCCCUCGCUGCCCAGCCCCCACCCUGGGCACCCCCAUGCAACCCUGGCUCUGCCAAGUGUCCGAGAGAGAGGAGUCCUAGUGACUGGACUCAGACCCGAGUCCUGGCAGAGAUGCUGACGGAGGAGGAGGUGGUACCCUCUGCACCCCCCUUGCCCAUGGGGCCCCCGAACACGUCACCAGUGCUGAGAGGUGGGGCUGCAGUUCCAAACCUGGCCCAGAGACUGGAGGCCCUCAGGGACCAAAUUGGCAGCUCCCUCCGUCGCGGCCGGAGCCAGCCACCGCCCAGCGAGGCUACACGGAGCCCCAGCCGAGUCCUCCCUCCCUGCUGAGGGCAAAGCAGAAACCCGGGAGACCGCCGC